AUGCGCAGAGCGCUGGUUUACGCCCGAGAGGGGCAGGUGGACGGAUUCAAAGAGGGCUUGCAUGGGCAGCUUCACAAGAUAACCUUCGAAGCGGAGUACGGCGACUUUAUGCUGGACAUGGGGCGCGAAGAUUGGAUCACCAAGUUUCGGGGUCUCUUCGCGCAGCACUUGACAAAUCCUGAGAAGGCGCCUGGCUGCUUGCUUGGCCACGCUACGCUGCAGCUGUUCAUGCUGUUUUUCGUGGAUAGCCGCGGGCACGGACUCUUCCCAAAGGAGCUGGCUCCACGCGCAAGCUGGAGCUCAAGCUUGGAGGAGCGUGCCGUGUGUUACUCGGACUUUGUGGAGCCUGAAAUGUGGAACCUGCCAAACGUCCUCGCCACACGUUUGCGGCUGCUUCGGGCAGUGCGCUGGAUGAACCUCCUGGAGAGUGGCUGGCCGAUCUUCAAGAUUCUUUCCUUAGUCACCUACCACGGGUGUCGAAGGAAGCAGCGCCAGUGCUCUGCAAGAUGCCCAGAGGUCUGGAUCAACCGACUCAUGGUCAUGAUCGAAGACAAGGUCGGUGGAAUGAGCGAGAGAUUGGGCGGCCGCCUUGGCCCGGAGCACUUGCGAUCCCUGGCCAUGGAGCUCAGCAGCAGCCGCGGUCCUUGGCUUCGCGCCCAGCGCAGCUGCGGGCCUCUCUUCGUGGCUCUGGGGGCAGCAUCCUGCGCUGUGGCCAUGGCUCGCAUGGCGCACUGGCGCGAGACCUACCUCUACGUGUCCAUGACGGAGGCCCAUUUGGCCGAUUUGGGCCAACGUGCUGCCUGCGCCGAGUCCAUGCUCCUCCAGACCCCGCAUUUGUGGGAGAUCCUUGGCUAUGUGGAGGAUGAGGUACAGGCUGCCUCACCCCACGGCUUUGGCAAGCCUUGCCAUCUUUCGUUUUGCCCGGACGGUGGCAGUCCGGACCACAGCACGUGCACCUGCCGAAGCAUGGGGAAAUCCACUUCACGCCUGUCCAGCAGGAUGUGCAUCAUCUCCACGGACCCUGGCGGCGACAGGCCUCUUGAGACAGAGCCGCAGCGGCUGGUGGCCGAGGAUCCCGAGAAGUUGACGCGCUUCUGGAGCCUCACCUUUCACUUGAACAGGCUGUAUGCUCUCCUGCAUGGCUACCGUUUCCGCCGGCCAGACGUGAGCCACGGCGAGCUGGGGCGGAUGCUGUCGGACGGAAUGGAGCCACCAAGGCGGGUGCAGUGGGCUAUUGUUCGUUUGGUGCAGCAGGAGCUGGAAGACAGGAGGUUGCGACUUUGUGGCUUGGCUUGA